AUGGUAGGCAUGCGGUGCCAGCUACUUCUCUGCUGGUUGCCAUUGGCACUGGCAACUUGUCCAUUCGGCUACGUAUACCAGCAGGAUUUCAAAAGAUGCUACAAAUUUGUCACAACACCACAAGCAUUCUAUAUGGCAGAAGAGAAUUGCCAAGAAACGAACGCCCACCUGAUUUCCAUUCACAGCAUGGCCGAGGAUUCUUGGAUUCUUCAAUAUGCUACACAGCUUGGAAUUAAAGGGAAUCUUUAUACGGGAUUGAAUCGAUUGAUCAAAACUCAAUGGUCGUGGACGGAUGGAACUCCCCUGGAUUACACGAAAUGGGCACCAGGUGAACCGGACGCAAAUGCACAAUGCGCAGUGGAGAGCUCAAGCGAUGGGACCUGGAUUACCGCGUCGUGCUCCGCCGCGUAUCCUUAUGUGUGCUUCCAAAAUUCCACGGAUCCACCGGUAUCCACGUGUCCUCCUGCACCCACGGCACCCACGUGCCCUCCACCACCGCCUGUGCCUGCGCACUGCAACUCGCAAUGGACGUACUUUUCCAAAACCGAUAGCUGCUACAAGGUGUUUCAUGACGCUGCUUUUGAUCAAGCAGAGACCGUAUGCACGUCUACAGGUGGACAUCUGACUUCAAUCCAUAGUGAUGAAGAAAACGCGUUCGUCUUGAGUCUCACUCAUAUGGGCAUCGAAUACAGGAACGAGAAACAGUUGACGUGGAUUGGUUUGAGGAAACCAAACUAUCCGGACAAUGCGACGUGGGCAUGGACAGACGGGUCAAAAGUUGACUACUUUAACUGGGCUCCAGGAAAACCGGAGGACAUCACAGGACUCCAGGACUGUGCGCAGAUGUACACUGACUCGCUGGACAAGAACCCCGUCAGGGAUACGGAUUUUAAACGAUGGAAUGACGUCCAAUGUUCACUGACAAUGCGUGCCUAUGUAUGUAAAGAAGCUGCGCUUCAUUAA